AUGUCGGACGAUCCGAAAGCCAAGGGCUUCCCCGACGUGUCCGCGAAGCUCUCCGCCCUCCCUAAAAAAUCACUGUUCGAGCGCCAGAAAGCCGAAGCUGAAGCCAAGCGUGCCCGCGAACGAGCUGAAACCGCUGCGGUCUACGAAGACUUCGUCAAGUCUUUCGAAGAUGACGCCCCAGCACACGACCGACCGCCCGCCGACGGACGACUGAAUCGGCUUGGGAACAGAGGUGCUGGAUUUGCAGGAGGCCCGGCGAAGCGACACUUCGUCAACUCGGGUCCGCGCAUGAGCGGCCCCGGAACGUUGGGACCGCCGCCGCCAUCGCUGUCGCGGAAACGUAACCACGAAGGGUUCCAGCCAUUGAAUCGCAAUCGAGACUCUACGCAGGGCGUGCUGGGAUUUGAUAGUACGGUCACCUCGUCGGCUGCGUCGGCGUUUCGCACGUCGGACGACGAAUAUGAGGGCGCUGGCGAUACGAAGGAUGCUGAGCGGGCGGCGGCGAAACCUACGUUAUACCUAGCAUCCUUGCCUCCCGGAACUUCUCCGUCCGUGAUCAAGUCACUCAUACCAUCCAUCCUGGGCGUUGAUAACGUGAAGAUCCUCCGGCCACCCGGCCAGCCCUCCGACCGUAAAUCCGUGGCUGCCAUUGUGACCCUUGCAAAUGAAACUGCCGCCUCGGAUAUAGACACCAGCGUGAGCGCGCUGCAGAACAAAUACCUUGGUUGGGGUUACUACCUCUCGAUCUCGAGACACCUUUCUUCUGCUGCCAUCGGCUCGACGUUACCCGUCAAUGUCGGUCUAUCCUCCACGGCUUCUCUCCCGUUUGGUGCCAAAUCGAUCGCGCCGGAAGUCGGGGGGCGAUUGAAUCGAGCUCCGCCUCCCGGGCAUCGGGGAGGGUUUGCACCUCCAGCCUCCUAUAUGCCUACGCAAGGGAGAAGUGGAGCAACACAGGUCGAAGUGAAAGCGCCGUCUGAUCUAAAACAGCUCCGGCUGAUCCAUAAGACGUUGGAAAAUCUCUUGGAUUAUGGCCCCGAAUUCGAGGCUCUUCUCAUGACGAGACCGGACGUUCAAAAGGACAUUAGGUGGGCCUGGCUUUGGGAUGCCAGGAGUGCUGGUGGCGUCUACUACCGGUGGAAGCUAUGGGAGAUACUUACUAACGGGCGUAAUAAAGGGACUCAACGAGGCAGGCCUCAGAGUUCGUCACUAAUUUUUGAGGGUAACGCGAGUUGGGUCCCCCCGGCAACACAUCUCAAAUUUGAAUAUGUCACGCGUAUCGAGGAUUUCGUCGCCGAUGAGGACUACGACUCCUCGGAGGAUGAGAUGUCAGAUGUGGAAGAUGACAAACGACCACCAGCUGACGGAUUGAGCGCAAGCAAUGAGGGACUUGGUUACAUGAACCCUCUUCAGAAGGCCAAACUAGCUCACCUUCUAGCACGACUUCCCACGACUCAUGCAAAGCUACGGAAAGGUGAUGUUGCGCGGGUGACGGCUUUUGCCAUCGAACAUGCGGGAGCGGGUGCUGACGAAGUGGUGGAGAUGAUUGUUUCGAAUAUCAUCAACCCCUUCGCUUACAGCGGAGCGAACCCCGACCGCGAAGAAGAGAAGCGCCUUGCCCGGGGCGAAGAAUCCACAGAAGAUAACCGUCCAGCCGAUGAAACACGUACAUCCUCUAAGGGAGCUUUGGAUACAUCUCCCGCCAAACUUGUUGGUCUUUUCCUUAUCUCCGACAUUCUCUCAUCGUCUGCCACCAGUGGUGUGCGGCAUGCAUGGCGGUAUCGGCAGCUUUUUGAGUCGGCAUUGAAGGCACAUGAAGUCUUUGAGCAUCUUGGACGACUAGAGAAGGAACUCAAUUGGGGUCGAUUGAGAGCAGAAAAAUGGAAACGGAGCGUAGGCUCCCUGCUACAUCUGUGGGAGGGCUGGUGUGUCUUUCCGCAGUCGAGCCAAGAACGAUUCUUCCAGGUCUUUGAGAAACCGCCACUUACGGAAGAGGAGCUCCGGGAGGAACAAGAGAAGGCCGAGGCCGAACGGGCUGCCGGUGCAUCUUUUAAGAGCAAGAAUCGGUGGAAGACCGUGGACGAGGACUCUGCAGCUGAGCGAUUUGAUCCCUCUCGACCGUCUGAAGCCGAUCAAAACCAGACGACGACCAAUCCUCGCGAGGCUCCUGUUGCCAUGGACGUUGAGUCAAUGAGCGAUAUUGACGGGGAGCCGAUGGAGGAUAGUGAUUUGGAAGAACCGGAUGGCGAACCUAUGGAAGAAGACGAACCCCCGACAGAAGGAGGCGAUGCGACCGAGCAGUCGCCCGCGAAACAUCCGGAGCCACCAGCUCAAGCAGAGUCGCAACCUCCCGUUCGGAAACCGCGGCCCAAAGCCGAAGACAUGUUCGCGGACUCUGACUCGGAGUGA